AUGAUUGCUGAUGACGUUUUCUACAUGUUUGAAGAUGAAGGGCGUUUAAGACACUGCACUGUGAAGGAACGAUUUGAUGCUGGUUGCGUGGACACCUCUUACCGAAACGCGCUUUCUCCCGACCCCACCACGCGCUCCUCCGUCGUCCCUUCCUCCCACGCGCUUCUCCUCCUCCUCCUCCUCCUCCUCCCCGGCCAGAGGCUCGGCCCCCCCGCGAGAUCUCCUCCCUCCAUCGACGCGCUCGUCUCCCUCGACGGAAGAGAUGAUCGCCGCGCCUCGCCGGGACGGGGCGGCGCAGCCGCGGCGGCGGCGGCUGGACGCCGACAAUGGCUAGAGGAGCCGCAGCGCCGACGAGCACGUUUGACCCGCGGCCCGCGGCCGUCGUCGACCACCGCCGCUUCUUCUUCACCGCACGCGGAUACUGCGCUCACCAUCGCUCACCGUCCUCCGUCGCGUGUUUUCUCCCCCCAGGACAAGCGGCGUCGGUUCUUCACUUUGAAGCAUGUUAUUUCGGAAGUAGUGAGGAAGCAGCGCAUCCAGGAUUUCCAGAAUUUGUUGGAGCCUUUGGUUCGAAGAGUGGUAAAGGAGGAAAUUGAGGUUGCUCUGGCAAAUCAUUUUACUGCAAUGAGAAGGAGUUAUGGGAAAGAGGUGCAUCCUUCUGAAUCAAGAAGCUUACGAUUAAAAUUUUUAAAUGGUCUGUCUCUUCCAUUGUUUACUGGUGCUCGACUUGAGGGUGAUGGUGGUUCUAAGAUGAAGGUAGCUCUAGUGGAUGGUUUUACUGGGCAAGUUGUUGAUACUGGCCCUGAAUCAUCUGCCAAUGUAGAAAUUGUAGUUCUUGAGGGAGAUUUUGAUGGAGAUGAAGGCAGCCAGUGGACAGCUGAAGAAUUUGAGAAUAAUAUCGUUAGAGAGAGGGAAGGAAAGAGACCCCUUCUUACAGGGGAUGGAGUUGUGAAACUCAAAGAUGGAGUCGGCUUAGUUGGUGAAAUCGCCUUUUCAGAUAACUCAAGCUGGACGAGGAGCCGCAGGUUCAGACUUGGGGCAAGAGUAAUGGAUAAAUUUGAAGAGACUAGGAUAAGGGAAGCAACAACAGAUUCUAUUGUGGUCAAGGAUCACCGGGGAGAAUUGUACAAGAAGCAUUAUCCUCCUGCUCUGUCAGACGAGGUGUGGAGAUUAGAGAAGAUUGGGAAAGAUGGAGCUUUUCAUAAGCGUCUCAGUGAGGCUAAUGUCAACUUUGUGAAAGAUUUCUUGAUCCUACUAUCUGUUGAUCCUUCAAGGCUCCGAAGUAUUCUUGGUGCUGGUAUGUCUCGUAAAAUGUGGGAAGUUACUUUUGAGCACGCCCGAACUUGUUCUCUGGACCAGACAAUAUACUUUUACCGCCCUCCUUCCUCAGAGCCAAAGGCUGGCGUUCUCUUCAACAUCGGAGGGCAAGUUAUGGGAUUGCUUUCCGAUGGUAAAUAUAUUCCCUCGGAGAAGCUAUCUGAAGCUGAGAAGGCUGACGGCAACAACAUGGUAAUAUCCGCAUGGCAACACUGGGACGACGUAGUCGCCUUUGGUGAUGAACCUUGUUCAACUGGGCUUUUGAAUCCAAACAGUGAUCUUCGCAGCCCGAGCUCACCUGGGACCUCCGGUUCUGGUAGUUUACGGCAUUUGAAGAGGAAUCAGAUUGGUGGAUCUGAUUAUGCACAGCGCCAUAUGUCUUCACCAAAUACCAUGUCAUCAUCCAUCUCAUCCAUCUUUCCCAUGGAUGAUUAUUCCCUUGAUUCCUUAGACGAUAUGGAUUUUAGAAUCAAUCAUUCUCCGACCAUCUCUGGUCUAAUCGUCGGAAGGUCGAUUCAUGAUCCUGGGUCGUUGAGCCAAAGUUUUCUUGAGGAAGACCUUUCGUUUUUCGACGGAGAAUGCUCAGAGGACAUUUCUCGUCCACAGCGUCCAUCUGACGCCACUGACAAAGCUCAGAGGAGAUGGAGAAAGCUUUUCAAUGUCUUUUUGGUGGUUCUUUGUAAGAAAACUAGUGCUGCAUAAAAAAUCAGGAGAUAUUAUGAGGAUUCAGAAAGUUUUCCUAGGUAUAGUCAUAUACCGUGUGAUAGAAGCUUAUUAGAUGCUGCUGUUUUAAAAAGCAGUGGCUCGGGUGCGUUAGCAAAUGUACAGGUUAUGGCCUUUAAUUCUUCUUCCGAAUGCAAAUCCUACAUGGUCUUUGGCAGAAAUGCUGGCUUAGCUGGAGCCGUUUUAAUUUGUGGACAAGCUGCUCUCUAAUAUUUGCAGCUUCUCACAGACUCAAAAUAAACGAUCAAUGGGUGAUUUGUGUCCAGAA